CUGUGGGUUUAUAUUUCCUUUCUGUGGUUUUGCAGGUGGUUGGGUUCGUCUUUCUGGGUCUCGGCCUGUGGCUGAGGUUCAGCGACAGCACCAGACCCAUAUUCGAAGUAGAGGCUCUCAACUCAAGUGCAUUUGUUAUGAUUGUGACAAUACUGAUCGCUCUGGGCUCGGUGAUGCUGAUCGUGGUGGUGUUUGGAGACUACGGCGCCUGCAACGAGAAGAGAUGCUCUCUGCAAGUGGUAAGACGUCUGCACACACUAACUUCCUGUUGCGUGAUUGCAGCAGCCUGCCUUACAUAAUCGAAACCCAUUUUUUUGAUUAGCAGCAUUGAAGAGCAGCAACAUUGAAUUUCAUACAUUAUUAUUCUUUGUGCAUUGUCAAAUACUCACAC